CUAGGGGUACACUAACAUGUGAUAUCCCAUAUGUAUUUCAAGCCAAUACACACCGACACAAAAUAUCUGUCCAGCCUAGGAUAAUUCAAAUAAAAACUUUAUUAAAAGAGUACCUCUAUAAGGACGUGUGGGAUGCAUAUAGUCAACGUAGUGUUGUUGUUUCUUCUUUCUCCUCGUACACACGAAAAGAAUGAUGGCCAAUGCUAGAAUGAAUACUCCGGCACCCGCUGCGGCCCCGGCUACGAUCGCCGCAUUGGAUGAUGAUGAAGAAUCAUUUGACGGCGGAGAGUUUCUUGAUCGCCCCGGUGGGUUGUUUGACGGCGUAGGGGGCGACAAAAACGGCGGAGGAGGAGAGAAUAUGAUCGAGGGAGGGGGAUUUCCCGUUCCAUUGGGAGGAGUUAAGGGAGCUGCCGGGGUUGUUGGUGCCGGCGGGGGAGUGGUGGACGGCGGCGGCGGAGAGGGCGUGACAUCCGGAGGAGGAGAAUUUUCCCCAUCAGGCGAAGGCGGCGUCUGUGCCGGUGGCGAAGGGGGAGGCUGCACGGAAGGCGGAGGAGUCGAUGGCGGUGUCGGAGGAGGGGAAGACGGCGGUGGGGGCGAAGACGACGCCGGAGGCGUGGGCGGAGGGGGAGAGGACGACGACCACGGGGGAGGAGUCCACGAUGAUGGAGGCGGGGGAGAAGAAGGCGGGGAUGAAUCGUCUUUGGGCGGUGGAGUCUCGGGCGGAGGUGGAGGCGUCUCCGUCUGCGACGAGGGGGGAGUGGCGGCGUUUCCGUCGUCCAUUCGCGAACUCAAAUAAACCUUCCGGCCGCAAAUCUUGAGCUGCUACGGCCGGUUUUGCCACCCAAUUUCACCUUUCCUAAAGGGAACAAAUAAAUUGGAAAUCAAAGU